AUGACUAUUUCCUGGGAAUUGAAACACAUGGGAAUCAUGGAUUCUUGUCGCCACUCGUGUUGGCUCAAGCCAUGGAGCAGUGCCGAUGAAGUAGGAUUGGAAGUCACGGACCGACCUCAGCGCCUACUGAGAGAGUUCGAGAAUCCUCAUACAGAGAACGCUGGCCUCCUGGUAUUGAUAGGUAAUGAAUCGAAGCAAUCAGCUUUCCGAAAACUAAGCUUUCAGACUGAGCGGGUACGUGGAAGAAUUGGUGGGGAGAUUCAUCUACUUGCAUCUUCUUUUCGAGACGGUCGCCGUAAACGCAUUAUGGUGGCUGAUACAGAUGUUCCGCAUUUCUUACCUGGUAUGACUUCUUCUAGUGGCAAUGCUUGCCAUGAAGUCAGCUCUUAUACAGCUCCGAAGCAGUCCAUUCCUGCUGAACCGUUUAGCUUUGACAGCCUAUUACACAAGUCUCUGUUCCCAUGCGCCGAUGUGAUAUGUAUUUUUGUCGAUGAUUUAGGAGGAUUCAAAUCCUCUCUAGAACAUUUGGCUUCCUGGCUAAAGAGGGGACCAUCGUCAGUAAGCAAAGUGCAGCCACGGGUCCUCUUUAUAGUAAAACAAGAAGAGAAGCACCAGCACCAGCUGGAUCUCCAAAACUUCCUACGAGGAAGUCGACGUAGAGAAGCAGACAUUUGUUUCAGCAAUCUCACGGUAGUCGGAGUUUCAAAGGCGAAUAAGAAAAGAGGAAGGAGACGCACGCAGACACGACGAUGGCAAAUGCUCGGAUUUGCCAUCGCAAAGGCGCUGGAAUCUGGGAGGCAGUCCCGUCGACGAUCCAAUUCUUUGUUUACUGUCUAUCAUCUUGCAUAUUUCCUGCAAUAUGCUGCCAGUAGAGCGUUACAUAUUCCUCUAGAACCAUUCAGCUUUAUACAGGUCUCUAGGCUCAAUCAAAAGGUGGCCCCAGAUUUGAGUGACCAUAUCCUUGAAUUCUUGGAUAAGUUUCGGUCACUCGCCGCCUUGCAUCGGAUUGCUAUUCACUUGAUUGCGUCUAGUCUGCUUCUCGAUCACUAUAAGCUCGGAAUGCACUUAUUUGAUUCUCAUCAAGUCUUCAAUGAGUUAUAUGAGGCUGCCUGUAUUCGAGCAAGCUCCCAGUUUGAGCCAAGAUUUAUGAGACUUAUGCCGCCUUUGGAGCUUGUAAGGCUGAUAUCAUGUAGUAUGUUUACACAGUUCGCACAAUUCCAGGCAAUUGGGUCGACUGUCGAUUGGCAUCGAAGGCAGCUGGCGCAAAAUAACGACACCCUGGGUAAGAUACGAUCAAACCGUACAUGCCUCAGUUGUAUUCGGAGACGACCGCAGUUUGGAUUGUCAUGCGGGCAUUUGAUUUGCCGAUAUUGUGUCAAAACUUUCUAUGCUCCAAGUAGGACUGACCCCUUCGAAUACCGCCCAGAGUCAUGCCUCCUUUGUGGCCAGUGUACCUUAGGGACUUUGAUCCGCUUGACGCCGGAAACAUGCCGGCUCCACGUACUAAGUAUUGACGGGGGGGGGAUACGCGGCUCAGCUCCAAUUGAAUUCAUUAAGGCGAUACAGGAUGGGGUUGGUAUACCUUACUAUAACGUGCAGCGCAGUUUUGACGUGAAAGUCGGCACCAGUUCGGGAGCAUUGAUUGUUGUAUGCCUCGGCGUUUUAGGAUGGAACGUGGACGAUUGUAUGUUGUAUUUGAAGCAGUUUGCUGAACAAUCAUUUGCCAAUCGCCAAUCCAGACUAGCACAGUUGUUUUCGAGCUUACCAUUUGUCUCAAGGAUCUUUGGUGUCUUUCAAUUCAUUCACGCCUUAUUAUCUGACAGCAAGUAUGCCGCUGAUGGUAUCGAAAAGUCACUUCUCGAUACUUACGGCUGUGACCGAACCUUGACGGGCACGUCUGCGGCUGCCGGGCUAGGAGGGUAUGUUGGAGUGACACUGACAAGAGCUAGUGAUGGUAGCGUUUUCCUUGCAACAAACUAUAAUCAUGUCGGCGAUGUGUAUUCGAGUACUGAUUAUUGUCACCUUGAAUCAUAUGAUGGCCAGAAUGAAGUCAAGUGGUGGGAAGUUUUACGAUGUGCAACAGCGGCACCGUUCUACUUUAAACCGAAGUGUCUCGGUAAUCAUGGAGCGUUCCAAGACGGUGGCGUUGCAGUCAACAAUCCCGUCUGCAUUGCUGUACAUGAAGCGAUUUCGCUCACUCCAGAUAUGGCCGAGCCCAGCAUCGUAGUUUCCUUGGGCACAGGUUCUGCGUCUGACACAGACGUUGAAUCAUCAAGCAUAUUUUCUAAUACCUUCCUGCCCAGGCUCUGGAGGGGUCUCUGGAGGCAAGCGAGUUCAAGAACCGCUUGGGACCAUUUCUUGAGCCAUCAGAGCCCCGAGAGCAAAACAAAAACCUUCCGUUUCGAUGUCAACUAUAUGGAAAAGGAACCGCAAUUGGAUCAGGUUAGCGGUAUUGGUUAUGUGCAACAGGCUGCUUGUAGCGCAGUGGUAAAAUCCCCAGAGAUUCGUCAAUUAUCUUGUUUAUUGCGAGCAAGGCUUUUCUUUUUUGAAUUGAACGAGCAAGAGCCGCCAUACUUCGCUCGUGGGGCCUACCAAUGUUCGGGUCGGAUUAUGUGUCUGCUCAGAGCUCAGACGCCUGAGUACGAAGCAUUCAUGCACCAACUUUGCACAAAAGCAGCCUUUUUUCAGUUAGGUACUCAGAGCCUCGAAGUAUCGUAUGAAGACAUCUCGAGAGAUUUAUGUUACGAUGUCAAGUUUGCUGCGCCAAGUCUCAGGAGUAAUAUCCGGAUCACAUUGAACGAGACAGCAGGUGAAGAGCUCGACAUAAAUGGCUCACCAUACCCACUAGAUUGGCUGAUUAAGAGACAAUGCCUUGACGCCAGCUUUGGCACCUCAGACCAUCGGCUUAGAAAUACUUCCAUGAUUUAUGUCCCCAAAGCUAAUAAUUUUGAUUAUCAAAAAUGA